GUUCCAGAGGGAAAAAUGGAGGUCCAGCGCAAAACGUCAUCGUCCGGCCACUCACCGCCGUAGAAAGGAAAAUACCAUUUCGUACAUCUCCCACUCUAUAUAAACCCCCUCCCUCUCGGAUUAUCACAAUGCUAGGGUUUCUUCUGUUCCGCGCCGCAACCAUAAUCGUUCAAAGGAAUUGAGGUAUGGGAAAGAGGAAGUCAAAAGCAAAGCCGCCUCCGAGGAAGAGGAUUGACAAGCUCGACACUGUUUUCAGUUGCCCCUUUUGCAACCAUGGCACCAGCGUUGAGUGCAAAAUUGAUAUGAAGAACCUUAUUGGUGAGGCUUCAUGCAGAAUUUGUGAAGAGAAUUUCAGCACUACUGUUACAGCUUUAACCGAACCAAUAGACAUAUACAGCGAAUGGAUUGAUGAAUGUGAGCGGGUUAACAACCCCGAAGAUGAUGAUGCUUAGUUGUGUAUGAUAUAUAACUAGUAAUCUUCUAGGAUAUUGUAGUUCUAUAAUUACAUGAGCCUAUGCAGUGUGAUAUACUAGUUGCUUCAGAUGCCAAGUAUUAAAAGAUUACCAAUAAUCAGGUGAUCCCAGUCUUUGUAAGGAUGCACCUGUUAAGUUUAGCAUCUUCAAUUAAUUUUCUUGCCCUCUUAUGAUGUGUGUUGCCAUCCCCUGUAUGAUUUGUACUGCUAUUAUUCUUGAAUGUUCUCUUAAACUGUGUUAGAUAAAAAUUGCCAUCAAUGAGAUGAAAAAGGGAAAAGGUUACAUUCAGUCACAGUCCACUUCAUUCUUUUAGUUUGCUCUAUCUGAAGUAAAAUGCAGGUCACAAC